GCUUAUCAGGAAGUGUUCGUAUUUAAAAGUAGAACACUGUAGACUUAUUGUCGUAGUCUUUUAAAUGCAAACGCGUGGUGCUUGCUAUUAUUAAUAGUAAUCAGUGUUAUCGUGGUUAGAUAAAAAUUCUUAUAUCUAUGUUUUUCUACUCAAAUAUUAUUACUACGCGUCCUUGAAGUGAUAAACCCAACCAUGUUCAAAAUUCACAGGUAUUUUAUUUAUAUGACACUGCUUUUCCUUUUAAACUCGGAAUACAUUCCAUCCUACAAGCAAGGCUUCACCUGCAAAGAUCCAAGCCUUAGCAGGAUAUUCACCAGCGAUACGGUGAGACCCAAAGUAUUAAUCUACGGUACCAUAGUUGGUUCCUUCUUCUUCGUCUACCUCAUCGAACUCCUCGCACAAGGCACCUACAGAACAGUUAGGCUCUCCGACGUUUGGAGGCAAACUGUGGACUUCAACACGGCAGCGGCUCUGGUGCUGUUGAUCACUGAUAUUUUAAAAGUUACCGUCGGUGAACCACGUCCGCACUUUUUGACAGACUGCAGGCCUCAUGAAAAUGAAAAUUGCGCGCUUGGGAGUUACAUAACUGAUUUCACAUGCUCCAACACUGAAUGGAGCGUUUUUAGAUUAAAAGAUCUGUCUAAAUCCUUUCCAUCUGGACAUUCGUCUUUGUCUACGUUUACAGCUAUUUAUUUUAUUAAUUUAAUACUUAAUAAGUUUAAAUCGACAAGUUUGAAUCCAGCUAAAUUUCUCUUGAUAGCGGUUUUUCUAUUUUGGAAUGGUUUAUGUGCGAUAUCCAGGAUUGUAGAUAAUAAACACCAUUGGUGGGAUGUUCUUGCAGGAGCUUUAAUUGGAGUGGCUUAUGCGACUUAUAAAAUUAAAUCGGACAAACCAAAUGAGACUGAAAAAGAAUAAUUAAAUGUCCUAAAAAUAAACCGUUGUAUUAUUG